UGGGGAGUGUUUCCCAUUUAAACAAACACUGUGCUGAAGAUGGCGGAGAGUUAGUAGUGGAAAUAAAGAAACUGGUGUGCUUUGAGGAAUACGUUGGAUCUGGCAAAAAGAAAUCCAAGUAUCUGAGGACCACCCUUGACUGUCUCUAUGAGCAAUAGUUGGAGUGAUCCUGUUUUAAACUAAGAAUGUGAUAUUGAAUGCUGUUUGAUUCCAUCAUUCUCUACUGCUUAAGAGGUGCUGAUAUGUGUUCAAGAUGAGUGGCCUGGGAGACAACUCCUUGGACCCCCUGUGCUCGGACCGGAAACGCAAGCUCUCCACCUGUGAUACACCUGGUUUGGGGUGUGACAAGCGCCGGAGGGAGCAAGAGAGCAAGUACAUUGAGGAGCUGGCUGAGCUGAUUUCAGCAAAUCUCAGCGACAUCGAUAACUUCAACGUCAAGCCUGACAAGUGCGCCAUCCUCAAAGAAACAGUCCGCCAGAUCAGGCAAAUUAAGGAACAAGGAAAGGCAUCUUCAAAUGAUGAUGAUGUUCAGAAGGCUGAUGUGUCCUCCACUGGUCAGGGGGUCAUUGAUAAAGACCAUCUGGGGCCACUUCUGCUGCAGGCCCUGGAUGGAUUCCUGUUUGUUGUUAACCGGGACGGUAGUAUAGUCUUCGUGUCGGACAACGUGACGCAGUAUCUGCAGUUCAAGCAGGAGGAGCUGAUAAACACCAGUGUCUACAACAUCCUACAUGAGGAGGACCGUGAAGAGUUCCACAAAAACCUGCCCAAGUCUAACAUGAACGGCGUUUCUUGGGCCACCGAGGCGCCCCGGCAGAAGAGCCACACUUUUAACUGCCGGAUGCUGAUGAAGUAUGGGCACAGCCCCCCUGAGGAGGGGGCGGGGAGCCCCCGCUACGAGACCAUGCAGUGCUUUGCACUGACGCAGCCCAAAGCCAUGAUGGAGGAAGGCGACGAUUUGCAGUCUUGUAUGAUCUGUGUUGCAAGGCGCAUUACUGCUGUAGAGCGAACGGAGAGUUUUAUCACAAAGCAUGAACUCUCAGGGAAACUGAUUCAGAUAGACCACAGCUCCCUGCGCUCCACUAUGCGACCAGGUUGGGAGGACCUGCUGCGCAGAUGCAUCCAGAUGUUCAUGCAUCACAGUGAGGGGCAGCCCUGGUCUCAUAAACGCCACUACCAGGAAGCCUUCAUGCAGGGUCAUGCUGAAACCCCUCUGUACCGGUUCUCACUGUCUGAUGGCACUCCAGUGACGGCACAAACCAAAAGUAAACUUUACCGCAACCCCAUGACCAACGAGCCCCAGGGCUUCAUUUCCACCCAUCUUCUGCAAAGGGAGCAGAAUGGAUAUCGUGCAAACCAGGGUCCGAUGAUCCAGGGCAUGAGACCCAUGGGGAAUUCCACCCCCAAUGCUUCUAUGAACAUGCCCCCCGGUCCAGGCAUGGGUAUGGGGGGCAACAGAGGCUUCAGUAUGAACGAGUCGGGGCACAUGGGCCAGAUGGGGGGCUCCAUGUAUGGAGCCACCAACAGAAUGAUGCAGAUGAAUCCCAUGAGCCAGAUGUCUCAGAUGGGUCAGAUGAGCCAGAUGAACCAUCCUGGCCCUGGAAUGCAGCAGCAGCCUCCAUACCAGGGCAGUGGGUAUGGCCUGGGCAUGAACAGCCCAUCGCAGGGGAGUCCUGGGAUGAAUGUUCCCCAGCAGAACCUCAUGGUUUCACCUCGCACCCGCGGGAGUCCCAAAAUGGUCCCCAGCCAGUUCUCUCCAGGAGGUAUGCACUCUCCAAUGGGCCCAGGCAGUGCUGGUGGAGCCGGAGGUGGGGGGAACAGCAACUUCUCUAGCAGCUCCCUCAAUGCUUUGCAAGCCAUCAGCGAAGGUGUGGGCAACCCCAUGCCUUCCUCCUUGUCCUCCCCAGCACACAAACCAGACAGCUCACCGAGCAUCAACUCCUCCCAACAACAACAACAACAACAGCAGCAGCAGCAGCAACAACAGCAACAACAACAACAGCAGCAGCAGCAGCAGCAGAACCAGCAGUGUAAGGCAGGCCGUGUGGACUCGCCUAGUCCAGCAGGCAUGUACGUUCCUGGGGGGGAUCAUCACCACCAUCUCCAUCACCACCAUCAUACCCCGACAGAGAGUGCUACAGAUAGGCCUGACAGCCAGGCAAGCUUGCGUGUCACCAAGGAGGGCAGCGAAGUUGGUACUGGUGGUGCAGAACCUCAGAGGCGACUGUCGGACAGCAAGGGAAACAAGAAGUUACUUCAGCUGCUGACAUCCCCUACUGAUGAUCUUGGCAUGGUGGCGGGAGGUGUUCCCCCAACUGGCGCGAGCACCCCAUCCACGCUGGAACCCAAGGAACCCGCAGGAUGCGUCACCAGCCCCUCUUCCACUGGUGUGUCCUCUUCGUCAUCCUCCUCUUCCUCUGCUGCCCAGCCCCCAGGGGGAGUCUCUUCGUCCUCCUCGAGUGCCCAUCACGCAGCCUCCCUGCAGGAGAAACACAAGAUCCUUCACAAGCUGCUGCAGAAUGGCAACUCCCCGGAUGAGGUGGCUAAAAUCACAGCGGAGGCCACAGGCAAAGAGACCAGCAGCCAUGAGGCUGGAGUGGCAGACCUGGGUACCAUUGGCACUGCUGGGACGGGAGGUGGAGGGGUGGGUGGAUCAGGUGUGCCGGACAUCAAGCAGGAGCAACCCAGCCCCAAGAAGACCCAUGCUCUGCUGCACUACCUCCUCAAUAACGACCCCAAAGAGCCCGCAGACAUCAAGCCAAAAUUGGAAGAACUGGAGGGGAAGACCCAACAGAAUGCCUGCAGCAGCUCAGGCCUGAUGCCCUCCACCCCUGAGAACGGAGAGAACAAGAUCAAGACAGAACAACCAGAUGAGCUCCAUGACACUCUGGAGACCAUCCUUGGCGGUUUCAGAAACUCCAGCUCCAGUUUUUAUCAAGAAUCUGGUGUUGGAGCGGGGAGUGAUGUUGCUAACAAGCAGCCUGCCUGUCCGGAUGAUGCUAUGCAUGGGUUGAGGAGUCCUGCUGGGUUGAGGAGCCCGGAGCUGGGGCCACGUGGGCCCUUUCAGCGCGCCGUGUCUGUGGAUGGUAAGCCCCCAGUGGGAGCAAAUUCCCUUGGCCGGCGUAGUGCCCCCUGCCCCAUGCUUGUUAAGCAGGAGAGCAUGGAUAACCAGCGCAUGAUGGGAGGGCCAGAGAACUUCCCAGGAAACAUGGGCAUGGUGAACAGGGGUCUGGGUGUCCCACAGCGCUCUCCAAUGGGGGGGUCAGGAGAGUGGGGCAUACAGAGGUCAAAUGCCAGCCCUGUGGGCACUUCUAGCCAUCCCAUGGUUCGCCCAGGUAUGGACUACAGCUCCAAACCAAUGAUGGGUGGGCCCAUGGUUGGCAGGUCAAACAGUGUGCCGGGCAACAGGUCAAUGCUACAACAGCAGCUGAUGGAUAUGGGGCCGAAUGACAUCAACAUGGGCAUGACCCCCUUCAAUCAGCAGGGCCCUCCAAACCAGUCCCCUUCCUGGCCUGAGAAUGUGAUGCCCAUUGAACACGGUCCUCAGAAUAGCCAGAGCAGGCGGCAGUUUGCUAAUCCCUUGGACGACCUGUUGGUACCACCUGCUACCAGUGAAGGGCAAAGUGACGAGCGUGCUCUCCUUGACCAGCUGGACUCGCUGCUCAACAACACCGAUGUCAUGGCUCUGGAGGAGAUUGACCGGGCACUCGGUAUCCCUGACCUCGUCAGCCAGGGCCAGGGUGUGGACCCUCAGUCAGAGCCUUUCCCUGGGCAGGACCCAGCCUUGGUAAUGGACCAGAAGCCCCCCAUGUACAGCCAGGGUUACCCAGGACCCCCUGGCAUGGCCAUGCAGCCUGCGUACAGUAGCCCUAUGCAAGGCCAGCCCCCAGGUUUCAACCCCAUGAUGAAUCAGAUGAGCCAGCAGGGCAACUUCCCCAUGGCGGGCAUGCACCCCCGCCCCAAUAUGAUAAGACCCCGGAUGAUGAAUGCCCUCAAGCCACUGCGACAGCAGCUGGUGCAGAGACUACAAGGCCAGCAGUUUAUGAACCAGAGCCGGCAGGGCCUGGGUAUGAAGAUGGACAACACGACUGCAGGGAACCCAGGUCUUCGGCCUGCCUUGCAGGCUCCCAUGGGGGGACAGCCCGGGUUCCUGAACGCCCAGAUGAUGGCUCAGAGGAACAGGGAGAUGCUGAACCACCAGCUGCGGCGCCAGAGGAUGAUGAUGCUCAUGCAGCAGCAGCAGCAGGCGGCGGCUGGGGGCUUCAGCCCCCCACCCAACGUCACCGCCCCCGCCGGCAUGGACACCCCCAUGGGCGGCCCUCCCAUGACCCAGCCUGGCCCCCAGCAGUUCUCCUAUGCGGCCAACUAUGGGAUCAACCAGCAGGGUGACCCUUCAUUUGUCCGAGCCGCAGGCAGUCCCCCCAACUCCAUCAUGUCAGCUCGCCUGGGGCCCCCCCAGAAUCCCAUGAUGCAGCAGCACCCUCAGGGUGGGCCCAUGUACCCGACUGCGGACAUGAAGAGCUGGCCUCAGGGGGGCAUGCCCAGGAGCAGCUCCUAUCCUCAGCAGCAGUUCCCCCAGCAAGGGAACCCUGGCUCUUAUGGCAAUAUGAUGAUGAAUGGCUCCUUGCCUGUGAAUGGAAAUGGGGGUCACAUGGGGCAAAUGCCAGGGCAGAUGAACAUGAACCCCAUGGCAAUGGGCCGCAUGCCAAUGGGGCCAGAACAGAAAUAUUGCUGACACCCUGAUGGACUCAUCACAAGUGCUAGAAUGGUGAUUCACUGUGAACCCUGUUAAGAAAUGCGUGCUCCAUGUUUAGGCAGCUUAAUUGUGCCCAUUUCAAUGGACUGAAAACAAAAACUGAGCACUGUUCCUUUGCUGAAAAGCCAGUUUCGACCAGAAGAGACCCCAUAAGGUGAACAGAUCACCUGGAACGAAUGCUUGGAAUCUGAGGAAGACUUGAGACUAACAGCUGGGUGUGUGCGUCUGAUGUCCAAUCUUAAGAACCUUAUAAGUCUAGUGUGGGAUUCUUGGGCCUUGGCUGUACCCUUUUAGGUACAGGAGCUACCUAUAUUCUCUGGACCAAACAGAAAAAACCGGUCUGAUUGUAAAACUAAAGAGCAGUCUCAUUUCAUUAAUAGAAUACAAGUCAUGCAGUAUUUAGCCUUUUAAUAUGGGAAACACUCUUUGCUUUGAAAUUUGAUGGGUUAAGGUACUAAGCAAAAUUAUUUAGUAGCAAUUGGGUGUUAGUGUUUGCACUUUACAGAGAGGCUAAUAUUGAAAGGAUUGUUGCAAUAUUUCUUGGUCAUUAUAGCCUUAUUCAAGAACUAAUGCACAAAGCAUAGCUGGUUUUUCUUUUAUUCUUUAAAAAUAAUCAGAGGCCCAUUUUAAUUUAAAAUGUAAUAAGUGGAAAGCAGUAAGCACAGAUGUUUUUUUAUUAUGCAGAUUUAAGCAAUAAUUUUUCCUCUACAGUUUAGACUGAAAUUGAAAUGGAGUGUCAUCAACUCAAAGCAAAGGUACUUCAGUAUUAGAUGUCACAUUUUUAAUUUUGGUUGUCUGUGAAUAUGAAUUGUAAAUAUGCUCAAAUGUAUUAUAACUGCUUUUGUAGGUCACAUACCGUUUUUGCACAGAUUGUAAGGCUAAAUAUUUAAAAGUUUAUAUAUUUUUUUUCUCUGUUUCUUGUAGGUCAAUACAGUUUCACUUUCACUGUGCAGUAUUUUAUUUGGGGGAGGGGAGGUGCAUUUACCUAAUAAGUCAUCUGAUUUUCUUGUAAUAGCCACUUUUUUGGAUAAAGGCACUUUUGUUCCUGGUUAAAAUCAUCACUUUCCAUUUUAAGAGAAAAUUAUUUUAUGGUGGGUGGUGGUGAAAAGAAAUGGGACUUUUAUUUUGGAUUUAAGCAUAAAAUAAGUAUAAUUUUAAACCUGAGUGUGGUAUAUACAGAAAUGGGCCACCCUGCCUGGGUGUUUUCACAUGCUUGAAAGGUAUGUGGAGUGUAGAGUUUUAUGUGGGCCUGAGCAGUGCUAGGCACGUAAGCUUUGUUAAUGUUUUUUUUACCUCAUCCUGUUCAUUGAUCUAAUGUGAGACUGGUGGGAUCAGAUUUAGAUUUUGUGGAACAAGGGAUUUUCUUUUUUACCCCUACCAUAAAAGCUUGUAGAUGUUCCCUAAAAUUAAAAACUUUUUUUAAAUUCCUCGAUUAACUUUGUUGCAAAUUGAGGGUUUGGAAUUAUUCAGGAUAUACUCCCCAUCAUGACAGCCUGCAAUGGCUUUGACUUCUGUUUUCUGUUUGGGCUGUGUAUUCAAGAGAGAAGCAUGUGUAGCUGGAGUGUGUGUGGACAUUGGAUUUAAGCUUCAUGUGUUGUUAGUGGUGUUGAGAUUGCUGACGAAACUUUGUAUGUGUUUUGGAGGAGACACCUUUAAGAAUGAGUGUGGAAUUCUGACUUUUUUAAUUUAACAGUCUGCAUUAAGGUGGCAUUGUGAUAUUUUAUUCCCUUUAAUGUUUCCUAAUGUUCUUUGAGAUAUCUACCUUGUAAGACAUGCGCAAUCCAAAGAUUUUUUUCCAGUGCUUAGAACAGUUUCUUACAUUGACAGCAUAUUUAUGUAUGUGUGUGUAUAUACACAUAUGCACACAUGCCUACAAAAAUAUAUAUAUUAAAGAAUUUUUGUAUAUUGUAUCUAGCAGAAUAGAAUAAAACCUGUUUUCAGUUUUACAGCAGCAGUUAUUUCCUUCUCUUUACUUGUACAGCCAGCAGAGGGAGCCCCUUUGCAGCACAAGUAAAGUUGAGAUUUUGGUGAUGCUAACCUAUACCAAAUCAAUAUAAACACUGCUGUACUGAUACGUGAUGAGUGGGAAAAGUUGGAGUAAAAUGAGACGCAGUUAAGGCCAAUACAAAAACAUACAUUAGAAAUGUAGAUACUGGACUGUCUGAAGGCCACUUUAGAUUUUAAAGUAACUGGUAGGGACUAGAAGUUGCUUUUAUUUCAUGACAUAGCUUAGUGAGGAAUUAAUUUUAGAUUCUUGAUGAGGGUUAAUACAGAACCUUUGACCACAUCAUCUGUGCUUAUGCUUUUUAAUUCUUGAGAAAAAUGCAAAAUUUCUUCUUGCUCUGUAUUUGUUUAAUGAAAGGAAAUACAAAUAUGAAAAACAUGCGGUCAUUAUUUCAGGAUGUAAAUUACUAUUGGCGGUUUUUUUCUUACUUUUCUUGAUGUUAAUAUUGAUGUAAAUACAAAUUUCUAUUUAAAAUA